AUGAGUGGCGUUGAAAACGCCAGUGGCUGGCUCUCAGACAGCAGCAGAGAGUCAAGCCACAGCGGCUCCCACUACGUCUCUGUCCAGUCCGACGGCCACUCCAGCCUGUCAACGCCCACAACUGCGGUCUCCACGACACCCCUCACCCAAAGAAUAAUUCUACAAGACUCCAGGCAGGAAAACAUUGCGCGGCGGCUUGCAGAGGGCUUUGCAGAGGACAUUGAGCUCUUCAACAAUCCUAUCGGCAGUGCUGACGGGAUCCAUGCAACAGCGUCUGCAGGCUCUCCCCCAGUCAUGAUCCAGAAUCCGGAGUACUCUGAGGACAGCCCUACACAGAGCUUCCACCUGUCAGCCAGCUCCGUGCCCACAGAGGUGACACUGGCAGCCCUCCAGGUCAGACAUGAGGGCAGUCUCUUCGCGCAGCAACUGGAAGGCUCUGAGAUGGAGUCCACAGAUGUACAAGCAGCACUGCCCUUUGUGGCGCGCUCUCUGCCAAAGAGGCGGCCGGACGACAGGAUACCAGCGUACAUGCCCCGGGUGGCGCUCUCAACGCCCCUGCCGCUGAGCAGAGAUGUGGAGGACAGAAUUACUAGCCUUGGACCGGCGCUGCCAAUGGAGCAGAAGGCGCUGCUGUGGCUGGGGAUAGGCCUGGACGUCAGCUCCAAGGCCAGCCUGUGCAUCUCUCUGUGGCGCUUUGCGCACCGGCAGCGGUGGCUGUGGUUUGGCGCCACUCUGGGCUUCUUUACCAUAUCCUCUGCGGUGUGUGUCAUGUACUGGAUGACCCACUACCCCACCGCCGCCCUUGACCAAGACCUGCGAGACAGCCGUAGCAAGUUCCAGCGCUCAGAUCUCUACGAAGCGCGCGUGCACGGCCUGCGAAAGGAGACGUUCAAGAGGUGGGUGCGGCGGCUGGGUACUCUGUGCGCGGUCUGCCAGCUGGGCACGGCCUUCGCCGCUACGCGCGCGUUGUUCUCCAGCGAGGCACGCCAGCGCCUUGUCGAGAUGGACCUCAGGCAAGGCUCACCCUUUUUGGGCAUGCGGCUGGCGGACACGGUGUUCCUGACGCUGGGAGUGUGCCUGCUGCAAGUCUACAUCGGCAUGCGCUGCGUGCACCAGUCGGCCAGCUGCAUGUACCACUUGCGCGGCGGCUUCGACUGGAUCACCUGCGCCUCCAUCGUCGCCUCGCUCUCCUCCUCGGCCCUCUGCUUCCUGUCCCUCGAGAUCAAUGACCACCGCUUCAUCAAGGACAGGCACGCCCCUGGCUCCCUGCCUCUCAUGGCAUAUCAGGUGGAGCUGGCCAGCUUCUUCAUGUACCGGCUGGCAGAGCUGAGCGCGCGGGUCACUCUCCUGGCACUCUUUGCGAACAUAUAUGGUUUCUGGACGCUGCUGCCGCUGGGCCUGCACGCUGUGGCAGUAGUGCUCCUGCUGCGCUUCAGCCCCUGCAGGGGGCAGCGCAGGAUAUGGGACAAGGCCACUGCCAGCACCCAGGCGCAGCUGGGCACCGCAGUGAAAAUGCCGGUGCCCAGGUUCGAUGAUGUGAAGCUUCUGGUUGCCUGCAUGGCGUGGCCGCCCUCUGUCUUUGUCUCUGACGCCACCGACGCUCAAGGGCGGUUUUGGUGGCGAUCGCGCAUGUGCGGGCGGCGGUCAGCGUGCGACGUGGCGCUGAAGAGCCGGCUGGUGCCCUUCCCGGCAUUCAACACCCUCAUCGCCACCGAGGCCGCCUGCCUGCUGGGCCUCCUCUGGGGCGCAGGGGUGCCGGCGUGGGCGGCGAGGUAUUUGGGGGUGGCAGUGCUGCUGCACAUCGCAUGGGGCUUCCUGGGGAUGCUGUGGCUGGCGUGCGUGCACACCUGCUGCGUGGAGCGCCAGCUGGACGACCUCUGCCGCGUCGCCGCCCAGCAGGAGUCCCUGCACAUCAAGACUCUGCGCGCCCUGCUGCCGCGCAGCAACGCGCGGCUGCUGCCGGUGCUGAGAGAGGACGCCGAAGGCUCCGACGGCGCGUGGCCGGAAUCGGCCGCGGCGUCGUCGGCCGGCGCGGCGGCGAGCGACAGGUCUCCCGAGCAGCAGCCGGCAGCUUCCCGGGAGGGCUCCCCUGUGCAGGCGCUGCUGUCAGCCAUUGGCGUGCAGAUCCCCACAGGGGACUACCAGGAGGACAAGCUGCAGGGAAAGGCUGCCACCGUGGCAUGUGACAUGUCCAACCCCUCCAGGAACUCGCCAGAUCCAAGCAAGACCCCAUCAACUGUGGGCACGGUGCUCAGUAUUGUAGCAUCCCGCGCCAGCCGGGGCUACAGCUGCAUUACUAUUAUUAUUAUUAUUACACGCUACUAUUUCAGCUGUAUAAGCGAGUGA